AUGGCGGAUGAACAAAAUCGCAAUCUCGACAAUCAGCAACAUGGAGAAACAAACCCUCUUCAAAUGCAAGCAUUGAUGGGUGAGCUACGGAGAAUCAUGCGUGCUGAGCUGGAGGGUAUCCAUCAAAGAAUAGACCAGAUGGAAAAUGAGGCGCAUGCCGCACGUAACCUGCCACGACAAAAUGCAGGACAAAGAGCUCGAACACCUUCAAUUGCCCCUAGUGAUGGAGAAGGAGCAUUGUCGGAUGGGGAGGGAGUAGUUGAGCAACCCCAAAGGUGUAGACAUGUACAAGCCAGAAAUCACGUUGAUGAUGACUUGGCAAGCAUCAAAAUGAAGAUUCCGUCGUUUCAAGGGAGAAACGAUCCUAAAGUGUACCUCGAAUGGGAGAGAAAGACAGAGAUGGUGUUUGAAUGUCACCGUUAUUCGGAGUUGAAGAAGGUAAAAAGGGCAGCCGCAGAAUUCAGUGAUUACGCUCUUGUUUGGUGGGACCAACUCGUAACCACAAGGAGGAGGAAUGGAGAAUAUCCUAUUGUUACAUGGGAUGAAAUGAAAGCUGUCAUGAAGAGAAGGUUCGUUCCUAAUCAUUUCCAUCGUGAUAUACACCAAAGAUUACGAAAAUUGGUGCAGGGAAAUCGAAGUGUGGAGGAGUAUUUCAAAGAGAUGGAGAUACUCAUGAUCCGAGCAAAUAUUGAGGAGGAUAGGGAAGCUACCUUACAAAGAUUCCUUGGGGGUUUGAAUCAAGAGAUUCAAGAUAGAGUGGAAUUACAACCUUAUGUCGAAGUCGAGGAACUGUUGCAUUUGGCUAUCAAAUGCGAGCGGCAGCUCAAAAGAAGGGCAAGUUCACGUCCGACUUAUCACAAGGGUUCAUCCAGCAUGAAACCAGGCUUUGUUAAGGAGGAGAAGCCAUGGCAGUUUGAUAGACGUGUGCAACAUGAUGGCUACAGCAACAAAUACUCGUUCGAAUUUAAGGGAAGCAAAAUCAGACUUGUUCCUUUAACUCCGAAGGAAAUUUAUGAAGAUCAUAUCAAGCAGGAGAAAACACAUGAGGAUGGCAGCAACGUCUUGAGUGACCAUGAGGUAGAUCACAAAAAUGGAGAGUUCUUGAGAAAAACCCAGAAACAGACCUUUGAGAGCAAACCCGAGAGGAAACAAAAGAAUUUCUUCAUGAGAGCUUGUGAGGUUAAAAAAGCUUUGUUUUCAAAACAGCCAAUCGUUGUACUUCUGUACAAGGAGGUUUUUUCUAACCUUAAUGAUCUUACUUCAUCUUUGCCAAGUGUUUUUAAAGCUGUUUUGCAGGAGUACAAGGAUGUUUUUCCCAAAGACAUUCCCCGAGGAUUGCCGCCGAUCCGUGGCAUUGAGCAUCAGAUUGACUUUGCUCCGGGUGCAAGCAUUCCAAACAAGCCGGCCUAUAGAAGUAACCCUGAGGAAAUGAAGGAACUUGAAAGGCAAGUCAAAGAUCUGCUAGACAAAGGUUAUAUGCGGGAAAGUAUGAGUCCAUGUGCUGUUCCAGUUCUACUUGUGCCGAAGAAAGAUGGUACUUGGAGGAUGUGCGUUGAUUGUCGAGCAAUCAAUAACAUAACGGUAAAGUAUCGUCACCCUAUUCCGCGUUUAGAUGAUAUGCUUGAUGAAUUGCAUGGUUCUUGCGUAUUCUCUAAGAUUGAUCUCAGGAGUGGAUACCACCAAAUCAGAAUGCGUGAGGGGGAUGAAUGGAAAACUGCCUUUAAGACUAAACAUGGUUUAUAUGAAUGGUUAGUGAUGCCUUUUGGUUUGACUAAUGCACCCAGCACGUUCAUGCGGUUGAUGAAUCAUGUUUUGAGAUCUUACAUUGGCAAGUUUGUGGUUGUGUACUUUGAUGAUAUUCUUAUCUACAGCAAAAGUUUGGAUGAGCAUGUUGAUCAUUUGAAACUUGUUCUGGAUGUCUUGAGACAAGAGAAGUUAUUUGCUAACGUGGAAAAGUAUACUUUUUGCAAGGAUAAGCUUGUGUUUCUAGGUUUUGUGGUGAGUGCACAAGGAAUUCAGGUUGAUGAAGAAAAAGUGCAAGCGAUCCGAGAUUGGCCGAGUCCUAAAGGAGGUUUGUGA